CACACACGCACACGCACAGAGGGUAGUCGCUCGCAUCUGGUGUAAGGGAGGUCAAAGAUACAGCAAAGUUGCAGAAUGGAAAUCACCGACGUUCUGUCUGUUGCUGACAUCUCCAGCGCACUGAAGGAAUGUCAAGCCAACGAGUCCUUCAACUGCAAAAAGUUCUUCCGGACCUGUGGCCUGUCUAUAAAAACCGCUGAAGAAGUCAGGAAAGUUUUCCAGGCCAUUGACGAUGAUAACAGUGGUUUCAUCGAAGAAGAGGAGUUAAAAUAUUUCCUGCAAAGAUUCUCUGCUGGGGCAAGAGUCCUCAGUGAUAAUGAGACCAAGGUAUUCAUGGCUGGAGGCGAUAAAGAUGGUGAUGGGAAACUUGGUGCCGAUGAAUUUGUUGACCUGGUACUAUCAUAGAUUCUCCUACGAUGGCAUUGCUUCCGGCAUUUGAUUGCAAGUGUACAUUGAAUACAAAGCUCCUGUUUUUGUGACUGCAGCAUGAACAACACCUAUCUGUUGUGAUGAAGAGAUUGUACAAGCACUCAGAGAUUCAGAUGUAGCCCACUAUUUGAGUAAUGUGUGCUAUAGCCUGCUCUGUAAA